AUGAUAAACGGCAUCUUGAAAGAUCUUCAGUUUAGCAAUUUUGAAAGGGGGUUUCUCUCUCUGCGGAGGAAGGCUGGGUCUCCACCCUUGCCCCUGGGCGGCCCCGGCGGCGGGGGGUCGCCGUGCAGCGCUCCGGGACAGGGCGCAGCGGCCCCCGAGCGCGCCCUGGGCGCAGCAGUCCGCCGCGGGGACACGGGACGCGGGACGCUGGCCGGGCGCGGCCGCCCGGGGGCCCGCAGGGAGCAUGAAACAUCACUAAAAUUCCAUGCCCUCUGUUUUCUACUGCAGGAUUCAGGGUUAAGAUUUCAUUAUGUUGCUGCUGGAGAAAGAGGCAAGCCACUAAUGCUGCUGCUUCAUGGAUUUCCAGAAUUCUGGUAUUCUUGGCGGCACCAACUACGGGAAUUUAAAAGCGAAUAUCGAGUUGUCGCACUGGAUUUGAGAGGCUGUGGAGAAACAGAUGCUCCCAUUCAUCGAGAGAAUUAUAAAUUGGACUGUCUAAUUACAGAUAUAAAGGAUAUUUUAGACUCUUUAGGGUAUAGCAAAUGUGUUCUUAUUGGCCAUGACUGGGGGGGCAUGAUUGCUUGGCUAAUUGCCAUCUGUUAUCCGGAAAUGGUAAUGAAGCUUAUUGUUAUUAACUUCCCUCAUCCAAAUGUAUUUACAGAAUAUAUUUUACGACACCCUGCCCAGCUGUUCAAAUCCAGCUAUUAUUACUUCUUCCAAAUACCAUGGUUCCCAGAAUUUAUGUUCUCAAUAAAUGAUUUCAAGGCUUUGAAACAUCUGUUUACCAGUCACAGUACUGGCAUUGGAAGGAAAGGAUGUCGAUUAACAAGAGAAGAUCUUGAAGCUUAUAUUUAUGUCUUUUCCCAGCCCGGAGCAUUAAGUGGUCCGAUUAACCAUUAUCGAAAUAUCUUCAGCUGCCUGCCUCUUAGACAUCAUAUGGUGACCAUUCCAACACUACUACUGUGGGGAGAGAAAGACGCAUUUAUGGAAGUUGAGAUGGCUGAAGUCACAAAGAUUUAUGUUAAAAACUAUUUCAGGCUAACUAUUUUGUCAGAAGCCAGUCAUUGGCUUCAGCAAGAACAACCUGACAUAGUGAAUAAAUUGAUAUGGACAUUUCUAAAAGAAGAAACAAGAAAAAAAGAUUGACUUUUCUAUGUCUUCUAUGAGGGGUCUGUAAUGAAAUCUCUAAAUAAUUUUUAAAAAUUUGUUCACCAACUUCUUUAAGCUUCAUUAGGAAAAAACUGUUUUAAUAUGCUUUAUCAUAAAUAAAUACCCUGGCAAAUGGUAUUGAAAAAAAUCUGAGAAUAUGUGAACUUGUAACACACUGUUGAUUUUCUUUUGUUGUAAUUUGGACAGAAAAGCAUCUGCCUUAAAAUGUAUACACUUGUACAAAAAGGAAGUUGGAGAAAGUGGCUCAGUUUUGGUUUCUUGUGUUCUUUAUCCUGUUAAUAUAUAGUGCCUCUUACAAAUGUAUAUUAAAGGUUAGUUGUGCUAUAUUAAAAGGCAAA